GAGUAGGCCAUCUUCAGGAAUAUAGACAGGACUUUUUACAAUUUGUAUUUAAUCCCAGUGUUCACUAUUGGCGAGGCUGCAUUGCUAUAUAUGUGGCGCCUAUAAGUAUAAAGACCGGAGCAGUCGCUUCUGAAGAGCUGUGGCAUUAAUCUGACAAGAUUAUAAAUUUUAUUCUUUUAAAACAUUUCAUGUCUAUGAAACAUGUCUUCUUUAGAGAAAGAAUUGUUCUUGAGUAAAUUGCCGUCGCGACCACCGAUGCCGACAGGUCCCCACUCUGGAGCUAAAAUGAGAAUGGGUCCUGGAAGAAAGCGGGAUUUCUCCCCUGUGGCCUGGAAUCAUUACUUUGAAACGAUGGAAGAUGUCAUAACUACAGAUGGAACAAGUGAAGAUUCUUUUCGAAUCUACAAAAGUGGAUCUGAUGGGCCUGUCCUCUUAUUAUUGCAUGGUGGAGGCCAUUCAGCACUCUCCUGGGCAGUAUUCACUUCCAUGAUUAUCAGUCGAGUUCACUGUAGGGUUGUGGCGGUAGAUCUACGAAGCCAUGGUGAUACAAAAGUCAGAAACGCUGAUGAUCUUUCAGCAGAAACCAUGUCAAGAGACAUUGGCAUUAUAGUGGAAACGCUGUAUGGUGAAAAUUCUCCCCCUGUUGUUCUGAUUGGCCAUAGUAUGGGUGGAGCGAUAGCCGUUCAUAUUGCAGCAAAGAACCUGGUGCCAUCUCUUGUGGGUCUAUGUGUGAUUGAUGUAGUCGAAGGCACAGCAAUGGAUGCUUUAAACAGCAUGCAAACAUUUUUACGGAGUCGGCCUAAAGUGUUCAAUUCUAUUGAAAGUGCCAUAGAAUGGAGUGUGAAAAGUGGUCAGAUACGAAAUCUGGAAUCGGCAAAAGUCUCCAUGGUUGGUCAAGUAAAACUUUGUGAGGAUGAUAUCAACACUCCAGGGAGCUCCCAUUCUGUUGUGGACAUUGCUAUUCAUGAAGAGGAGGAGGAUGAGGCAGAGGAGGAAGAAGGGACAGCGAAGAAAGACAAAGAACCUGAAUCAAGUAAAAAAUUGAAAGAAAGUAAAACUGAGUACACAUGGCGUGUUGAGUUGUCCAAAACUGAGAAAUACUGGGAGGGAUGGUUUAAAGGGCUAUCCAACCUCUUUCUCAGCUGUCCAGUCCCCAAACUAUUAUUACUAGCAGGUGUUGAUAGAUUAGAUCGAGAUCUUACAAUUGGUCAAAUGCAAGGAAAAUUUCAGAUGCAAGUUCUUCCACAAUGUGGCCAUGCUGUACAUGAAGAUGCCCCAGACAAAGUGGCAGAAGCUGUUGCAACAUUCAUGAUUCGUAAUAAAUUUACAGAAGCAAAGGGUGAAAUCCAAAGCACUUACCCCAAUUUUUAAUAGAUCCAACAGCCUUCAAACUCAGCUUCGACUGUAUACGCAUUCCAGACCACCGAGAAAUAUCCACGUAUCAUCAUCUGCCUAAUCUGAGUAAUACAGUGAAGCUGGAAUGUCUGAACUCCAUAAGCCUACUUCACCCUGCUGUUAAAUCUAUAUUCAUUCAUAGAAACUCUCAUCGUGGGCACUACAGAAUGACUGACUGAAAAGUGCAACCUGUUUCUGAUUCAAACAUUAAAACAAUUAAAGGGGAUUGCUUACUCAAAGUGUUUUUUUUCUUGCACAUGUUCUUCUAUAGAACAUGGAAAUAUGUUCAUCAAUUGUUUAGGAGUUGAGAUGUUCUCUGCAACUCUGUUUGCAAUGCCAAUAAUAUCUGUGGUUCAAUUUGGGUCUGUUUUAGAACUGGGUUAGGUAUUCCUUGACAUAAAAAAGAAAGUUUUAAAACAAAAAACAAGAGGAAAAGAGCACAAGUGUGCAGGAUAACUCAGAAGAAGUCUAGUUGCUAGAUUUGUCAUCCUCAAAAUACAAACACUCCUAACUUUAGACAUGUACUGACAUUUAACCUAAUUUACACUGUCUUCAAAGUGCGCUUCUGGGAUCAAACUUUAUUGGCCUUAACUAUUGGCGUAGAAAUGAUUUUGCACUUCUUUGUGAAAAGAUAAAAUGUUUUUAUUUUAAAUGGGUUUGUAAUCCAAAUUGUUUAUAAAAUAAAGAUUAGUGUUUUGGACCAUGUUACACUAGACUGCUGUUCUAAGACAUUAGUUGAUAAAAGACAUGGGUAGCAAGAACAAUUAUAUUGCAGUCUGCUGCUAGCUGUGAUGCACCUUCUUCCUUCCCAGGAAAGAUCUCUGAAUGUGUGGUUAUUCUAUGAUUGAGAAACUGCAGCAACCAGUUUCACAUUAGACAUAUAGAAUUGAGGUUUUAUUUUCUUGUCUAGUACAUCCAGUAGACUUACCUGAGCAUUGUUUACAUCGAGCUUCCUACUAAAGUGGACAUAUCUUUCACUUAAUCUAAAGUUUAACUGGUGUGACAAAGCUUGAUAGUGAUCUGAAACUAUUUAGUUUUAAUGCAUAACAUUACUUAAAUAUGAAAAUUGCUGGAAAACUGAAAAAGGCAAAAUAUUGCAGAUGCUAUAAAUCUGUAAUCCAAAAAGCAAGUGGUGGUAAUACUCAGGUCAGGGAUAGAGAACAUUUCAGGUCUGUGGUCUUUUGUGUAACUAUGUAUGAAUGCAGUCUUUUAAUAUUUUGUUCUUCACUGUGACCACUUACUGUUGCACAUAAUGGCAAUCAGUUUUUAAAAGUUGGAAGAGAAAUUAAAUGUAUUGAGAGAUUACGAAAA